UAUGACUACCUUUUGUGUACGAUUUAUUUUUAAUUUUUGAUUACUAGCAAAUAGAUGAUGUUUUUUAAGUCCUUCUCACCUCUGAUUAAGCUAGAGUGAUUGCUAAGAAAUUACCCCCUGGGUUUAGUGUUAAUUUAAGCAGAUAAUCAAAAAGAGAUGUUAAAGUUUUAUAAUAAAAUUAUAAAAUUUUAGAAAGUUCAAUAGGAUAUAUCAUCAGAGGAAGAUGAUAAAGUCAUAAAAAAGACUUAUGUAGCACCUUAUCGAACUGAUAAUACAGAUGAGAUGAAGAGAUGCUUAAAUUUGCUCUAAAAAUUGAAAAAACAUUAAUUGGCAGCACCUUUUUUAAGAAAAUUGGAUAACGUCAAUUAUCCUUAAGAAUUAGAAUAUGUUGACUUAUAAAUAGUCGAACAGAAUCUUAAAAAUAGUAACUAUAUCUUUUUACAAUGAUAAGAUGUUUAUCAGACAGCUACUCAAUUUUGGGUGGACAUUAAGAAGAUAUGGUAAAUGUCCUAUACAAUGAACAGCAAGGGUUCUUAAUUAUAUGCAAUGACUUAAGAACUUGAAUAACAUUUUAAUGAAUUGUAUAAAGAAUUAGAUAAACCUUAUCCAUAAAAAUAAACAAUUGAAUAACCAGUUAAAGUUGAUAAAUAAUAAAAGAAACCUCCUGCAGUAUAAUAAGCAUCAACAAAUAAUAAAAAGCCAGUGUAUGAAAAAUAUUUUAAUUGUUUUAUAGAAAAUAACCAAGUUUGAUGGAAUAACCAAUGAAUAUGUAAGAAAAGAGGGCAUUAGUCUCAAACAUUAAUAGUUUGCCACCUGAACACUUGAGAGGUGUUUGGGAAAUUGUAUCUGAUGGUUUAAAGAUCUAAGAAUAGAGUGAUGAAUUGGAAUUCGAUAUAGAUACAUUGCCUGUAAAAAAGACUAGGUAAUUAGAAAAAUAUGUAAACACUAAAUUGGAAUAUUUAAAAAAAUAACAAAGUAAGAAAGUUGCAGAAGAAAAUAAAACAUAAGAUAAAACUGAUAGAAUUGUAAAACUUUUUAAUAUCAUUAAGGUUCAUACAGCUAAUACUACUUAUAAUUAUGCUCCACAACCAGUUCCUCAACAAAAGCAACCUGAUACUGGAGACAGUUCAUUUAGCAGCGAUGCUGAUAGUUCUGGGUGA